AACCUGCUGAAUCCUUCUAGACUCUCACACACAACCUGUAGGAGUCAGAAACCGCCGCUCAAGCCGCUUAAACUGCUGGAAGACGGACUUUUUUUUUUAGAAGUGUCGCACAUCUCUAAGGGUUAAUAUAUCCACUUCAACAGAAUGGCGUCUUUCAGAGGAGUUAUUUUUAUGAAUGUGGCAUCGAAAUGUGUCUGCUGACCGACUUACCGGAGCGCUCAGAAUAAAGUUUCACAUGGUGCACUUCAUCCAAAAGCAGCACAGCGCGCUACGGGACUCAGAAAUGAAAGCAGGAGCGAUACUUUUAUGCUUAUUUUGCUUCAGGGAGUAUCUUCAAUGGCUUGAAUCGCGACUAUUUUUCUGCUUCUGAUCAGUUGUCGCAACAGACAGCAGCAUUCUUGGACGAAUUUUGGUUACUGUUACACUCAUUUCGCGUAUAUUGCUUUCGGAUCGGCGGCUGAAACUCUUAAGCCACGCACACUUGGGACUCCGGAGCGCACAACGGGACAGCACCAUGAGCAGCUGCCUUCUCGUCUUGCUUGGAUUGUGGUGGAGCGCGUAUUACUGCACGUUGACGGUCGCAGGGAGUAAUUUUUUGCUGGAUGGAAACAGCGAAGCGCAUCCGAGUUUCGUCCACCGGCGGCUGCGGACGCACGAGAAGAGGGAGAUGCAAAAGGAGAUCCUGUCCAUCCUGGGGCUGCCACACAGACCACGGCCGCAUUUGUCACACGGAAAGUUCAACUCCGCUCCGCUCUUUAUGUUGGACUUGUACAACACAAUAUCCAGCGAUGAAAAAAGCCAAGUGGAAGGCGUCCUAGACAGAUACCGAUCCAUGCGGACGACCCAGAGCCCUCCUCUAACAUCAUAUCAAGAAUCCGCCUUCCUAAAUGAGGCAGACAUGGUGAUGAGCUUCGUUAAUUUAGUGGAGUACGACAGGGAGCUCUCCCCACACCGGCGUCACCACAAGGAGUUUAAGUUCAACCUCUCACAGAUCCCAGAGGGCGAGGCCGUCACCGCAGCCGAGUUUCGCCUCUACAAGGAGUGUGUAAGCCAAGCGUUCCGCAACGACACCUUCCUAAUCAAAGUCUACCAGGUGGUCAUGGAGCAUCCUGACAGAGAGGCCGACCUGUUCCUGCUGGAAUCUCGCCGGCUGUGGGCUCCUGAGGAGGGCUGGCUGGAGUUUGACAUCACUGCUACCAGCAACCUGUGGGUGGUGAGUCCGCUGCACAACUUGGGUCUACAGGUCAGCGUGGAGACCAGCAGCGGAAAGAGCAUCAGCUAUAAGGACGCCGGCCUCGUUGGACGGGACGGUGCACUGGAGAAGCAGCCGUUCAUGGUGGCAUUCUUUAAAGUCAGUGAAGUGCACAUCCGCUCUACACGCUCCGCUAAUGGAAAACGUAGGCACCAAAACCGCAACCGGUCCACACAACCGCAAGAGGGAUCAAGAGGGCCCGGCCCAGCAGAUUAUAACAGCAGCGAUCAGAAAACAGCCUGCAGAAGACAUGAACUGUACGUCAGCUUCCGAGAGCUGGGCUGGCAGGACUGGAUCAUUGCACCUGAGGGCUACGCAGCCAACUACUGUGAUGGAGAGUGUUCCUUCCCUCUUAACGCCCACAUGAACGCCACCAAUCACGCCAUCGUCCAGACGCUGGUGCACCUGAUGAACCCUGAGAACGUACCAAAGCCAUGCUGUGCCCCCACCAAACUUCACGCCAUCUCAGUGCUCUACUUCGAUGACAACUCCAACGUCAUACUAAAGAAGUACAAAAACAUGGUGGUACGUGCCUGUGGCUGCCACUGACAUCACAGAGAACUGGUCGCUCUUCAUUGGAAGAUGGACAAAGUUGACCUCCUGUGGACUUCAUGUUCCUCAGCCUGAAAGGAAAUGUCCACUGAAAGAUUAUCAAUGGUUUCUGUUUCAGUAAUCAAGGACAACUCUGAAAAAUCCACCUACUAACCUCGCUAACAAGGCAACGAAGAGGAGACUGAUGCAAAAAUGUUAUUACAAAGCUUCACUCUGUUGCAGUGUUGAAACAGCUUUUCUGUUAGCUGUAGACUGGAGCCUUCUCUUCAUGGGUCUGCAACCAAGUUGGUGACUGUAUGUGUGUGGAGGGUGGCACUAAUUAAGGUGUGUGUAAAUGCCUUACAAGCUACUGCACCUAUGCGUCGCUGAGAGGGUGCGGGCUAAACUGAAUUGUUGCUGGACCAGAAGGAGCACUGCUUUCUUUUCCAUCUACUUUCCAACAAAAUAACAUGGCAUCAGUUCUAAGAUUCAGUUUAUUGAUGUACAACUUCUCUGUUGACUCGAUUACCAGCUCAGAUGACAGAAAAUUUGUGUAAAUGGUUUGAAUCAAACAGGAAUAUACAGGUCCAGUUUUCUUUUUUCAGUGCAAAUAUUAACUCAAUCCAAGCGAGUGAUACAUUGGAGUCAGUACAUCCAUAUAUCCUUCCUCUUUCCUACAGUUUUCUUUCUCAAGCCAUAUUUGCUUUCUCUAAAUAUAAUAUGGACUGAACCAGUGACCACAGGCUAUUUUAGUAGUGGACUGCUCCAAAUAAUCCCCCUCUGUGUCAAUAUUUGCCAGUCUCAGGCUGAGCUGCGAUUCACCAGGCUGGUUCAACAUGAUGCAUGUUGUGGCUAAACUCCUGUUUUUCUUCAAAGAAGUGAAGAAUACAGCCCUAUCCCUCCAACAUACCACAAAUGUCCAUUUCCAUGUUGCUGCACUCGCAAAGCUAACAAACUUUUCCAGCCUUGACAGCCCGUCAAGAGAUUGUGGAAAAUAAUUUUGCGAGUCAAAAACAACCAGCGGGACAGUUUCUGCCAUCUUUCUGAAAUUAGCCUUUUGCUUUUAUUCCAAACUCAGAGGAUAAAAUUAUGUUGAUGCAUGUAACUGUGAGCUUCCAAUGACUUGGAAUCUUUUAGAGAACAUAUCUGAAUGAAAAACUAAUAUGAUUAAAAUACCUUACGUGCCUAACUGCCCCUAAAUUACAGAAUAUACCUCCGGUAAGCUGCUGUUUACAUUUGUGAUCAUGUUUAGACUGUUUUUUUUUGUAAAUACUUGUACAUUCUCAGCUUAUUUAUUGCACCUUUUAUCAAGAAAAGAUAAAUAAAAUCACCUUAUUAAUGGGCAGAUGCGAGAGAAUGAAAAACUUAUUUUUGAAAAAUUUAUUAGGAAAUCUCAUGUUACAACUUGCCAUUAUUCACUUUUUGUACAAAAUGUGUGGGUAGUGCACAACGGCAACCCAUGAUAAAAGGAGAAUGAGGAGAAAUCCAUCACUGGAGUUCCUCAGACCAUGUGCUAUCCAUAAAAACUUUUACUGACAAAAAAAAAAAACAACUGCUGUGUCUCUGACUGUUUGUGUACCUGGACCAGACAAUAAAUGGUGGCCUGCA